AUGACUCCUCAAUCUUCACCGAGCUCGUCUCGUGAUCACGUUUGUCUCAUUUGCCAAGACUUUGCAUCUGGUUAUCAUUACGGUGUUCCAUCAUGUGUCGGGUGCAAGACCUUCUUUAGAAGAACGAUUAUGAAGAAGCAAAAGUAUAUUUGCCAGUUUGAAGGAAACUGUCCAGUUGAUAAGAGUAUUCGAUGUGCAUGCCGUUACUGCCGAUUCGAGAAAUGCCUCAGUGUCGGAAUGGACCGGAAUGCACUUCAACAGAGCCGUGACCCAAUCGGAUACACGAAAAGGACAAGAAGACCAAAGAAAGAAAUGAAGUCUACUAGUUCGGAUGGUUCCAGUGAUGAAGGUGCCAAUAGUACUCCUCCAUCAGUAUCUCCUCUCCAACUCUCUCCUCCUCCAAUCUCUCCAACUCCCUGCAGCGUCACACCUCUUCCAGUCAAAUCCACACGUCGAUGCAUUCUGCAGACGUUGGCUGAUCGAGAGAAGUCUGCAAACGAUCUUCGUCUCUCCGACUAUCUCCCACUCCGAUCUCUACACGAAGCACUCUGCUCGAAGGCACUGUUGACCGACCCAAUGUUCAUGUCACAGUGGGGACAUCCAAGUGAGAGACAUCAGAUCUUCGAUUUGAGAUUCGUCACUCAACAAGACUAUCACUAUUGGCACGAGAGGGACUGGUUUCUGCUGACCGAGUAUGCCAAAACAUUCGAUGUUUUUGAGGCGUUGGACUAUCAAGAUAAGGCUGAAUUAGUGAGACACGCGGCCAUCACUGUUCCAGUCCUUGUUCAAGUAUGGAACUCUCCAGACUACGGACCGGAUACCAUCGUCUUUCCAGAUGGAUCAUAUUUCGAUAAGACUCCCGAGCCAACCCGGCCAGCCGGUCUCAACAGGAAAAAGUUCCAAAUGCUGGAUCUCGUACUCAAGCCGUUUCGUGAUCUACAACUCGACGCCGUGGAGUUCGCCGCAUUCAAAGCGGUAACUUUUCUGAAUCCAGACGCCGACAUCACUCUCCCAGCGAGAAAACUCAUAAACAAUGAACGAGUCCGAAUAACCAAGCAGUUGUACGCCUACAUGGCGACGAAAGACGACAUGGACACGGCUAUCGAAAGAUUCGCACGAUUGGUUCUGAUGGGAACGUCCAUGUCAAAAAUGGCGUGCGAAUCGAAAGAAGCCGUGUGGAUUGCAGAUUUCUUCGAGAAUAUCGGAUUCUCGUCGUUUGCUCGACAGCUGUUUUUCGGUGAUGAGAUGGAAGAGAGGGUUGUUCACAAGUUGUGA